UGAAAAGGGAGGCGGGGGAUGGAAGCGGCAUGGAAGACAGCAACGGCGCGCACGGAAGGGACAUGGAGGAGAGGGGAGAGCGGCUGGUCAAAGGCGCGACCCGGGCCCUGGAGCAAGAGGUGGUCUACAACAUGGGCCGGGCGUUUCACCAGGCGGGGCUACUGCACAUGGCGGUGCCCUUCUACCAAGACGCUCUCACCAUUUUUGACAGGUAUCAAGAGGAGCUGAGAACGGUGGAUGGCAAGGGACACGUCACACGAGAGGCGGCCUGGAACUUGGUGUGUAUUUACAGGGAGGGGGAAUGCCGGGAGUUGGCGCGUCUGGUGGUGGGAAGGUAUUUGAGAAUGGACAGGGGCACGGGGAUCGAAUAGGGGGUGCGCGAAGCAGGGUGGCACCAAUUAUGUGGACAGCCGCGAGCGAUCUACCUCGGUCUGUACAGAAACGAGGACCAGAAGCCUGUCUCUGGGCAAGACGAACUAGUCGACGGGGCUGACGGAAGCCGCCGCACCAUUAAGUGAGAGUAA